ACAAUGAGGGGUGGGACAAAACGGUAUAUUUCUGUAACUGCGUAAUCUAACCCUUAAAUCAGCGACAAGUUUGCUUUAGACUUGUCGAGAAAAAGUCUUAGGAAUUUGAUUUGGGAAUGUUUAUUUCCAAGCGGAAGAUUACUGUUUCUUCUCCGAGAGCCAGUUACUUUUCGGUUUAUCAGCAGAAGAUUUGUCUGGAGAUAUAUGUGUACCACAGCCCGAUCUACGCAUGAGGAAAUAGGAAAUAACAUUUCGUAUUGUGAGUGCGGUGAGGACGAAGGAAUUGACCAUACAGUAUACAGUGGGAAAUGUCAGGACGCGGAAAAGUUAAGGACCCAUCACAUCUGGAUAUGACUUGCGCGUGCGUGCUUCGCUGAUUUUUGUAUAUUCGCGGUUAUAAGAUUUUACAUAUGUUUAACUCUGUAAGUAAUGAGAGCAUACAUUGAAAACAGAUGAAGUUUGAUCAGCUGGAUCUGUAAGUGAACGCAAAAGGAAAAACAGAGAUGAAGUCUGCCGAGGUGUUUGCGGUCCUGUCUGUUUUGGUAAAUUCAGGGCACUGUUUGCAGUGUUAUGAUCCAGCCGAUUUGAGUAAAGACAAGGUGGUGCCUUUACAGUGUGCAUGUGAGAACGUUUAUGACUGUGUUAACAACACCUGCUGGGGCAAUUACUGCUACCACACUUUGCACAAUGAGGUAGAAAGGAGAGGCUGUUUUCAAACCUUCGAGCAGUGCCAUGUGCCUGAUAUUUCUGGACUCUAUUGUAAUUGCUGCUUCACACACUUCUGCAAUGAAAAUUCCGAAGUACCUGCAAAAGAUCUUGUACAGGAGAAAUCUAUGGUUCUGUUGGUGGGAGUGCCUGUGUUGGUGCUGGUUGUAAUGUCUAUGGCGGCCUGCGGGCUUGUAUUGUGGCUGCGUACAAAACGACAGCACACCAUACUGGUGGAUCAUAAAACCUCCAUGAUCAAAGUCCCUAUUGGGGGAGACCCUACUUACGGGGAUAUUUUUGAUGAGUUUUGUACAUCGGGCAGUGGCACUGGGCUGCCUUAUUUGGUGCAGAUGACCAUGGCACGACAGAUCUCUCUGGUUGAAUGUGUAGGUAAAGGACGUUACGGAGAGGUGUGGAGAGGUACCUGGAUGGGAGAGAGUGUAGCUGUUAAGAUCUUCUCCUCUCGUGAUGAACAGUCCUGGUUUCGAGAAACUGAGAUCUACAACACCGUCCAACUGAGGCAUGAAAACAUCUUGGGUUUCAUAGCAUCAGACAUGACAUCGAAAAACUCCAGCACUCAGCUGUGGCUGGUCACACACUUCCAUGAAUUGGGCUCUCUCUACGAUUUCCUGCAGUACAGCACGCUGGACCCGGAAGGUUGUCUGUGCAUGUGCCUGUCCAUAGCCAGUGGCCUGGUGCACCUCCACACUGAGAUACUGGGCAUGCAGGGCAGACCAGCCAUCGCACACAGAGACCUGAAGAGCCGCAACAUUCUGGUGAAGAGAAAUGGACAGUGCUGCAUUGCUGACCUGGGUCUUGCUGUCAUUCACUCUCAAUCGAAUGACUAUCUUGAUGUCGGCAAUAACCCAAGAGUGGGCACCAAGCGUUAUAUGGCACCUGAGGUUUUGGACGAGAGUAUUCGUGUUAACGUUUUUGAGUCCUAUAAACAAACCGACAUAUGGGCUCUGGGUCUUGUCCUGUGGGAGAUAACUCGUCGAACUGUUGUAAAUGGGAUUGUGGAGGAGUACAGACCGCCGUUCUUUGACAUGGUGCCCUCUGACCCCAGUUUCGAGGAGAUGAAGAAAGUGGUGUGCGUUGACCAGCACAGGCCAAGUCUACACAAUCGACUACACUCUCAUCCGAUCCUGUCCGCAAUUGCCAAGAUUAUGAAAGAGUGCUGGUUCCAAAGCCCCUCGGCUCGGCUUACCGCCCUGCGUGUGCGCAAGACCAUCUCUAAAUUUGACCAGGACCAUGACUACAAUAUUGACAAGCUUAAGCUGGAUCUCUAAUAAACCUCCCACCAUGCAAUACCAAAUAAGUUCAUUUCAACCGGACCCACAUUGCAUAUUAUUCAUCUAAAUACUGAUAUACUCUCUUGAUGUGCCUUUCAAAAUUUUAUGUGGUUAUGUCUUAAUCCUCCUCUGAACAUGGUUUAUCUUCUAUUGACAAUGACUCACUGUGGCAAGUUGAGCCCAUAACGGCUGUUAAACGUUUCCUGUGGAAUAUAUCCACACGACUGCCCAUCUAGGAUGACCUGCAUAUUUAAAUACAGAGAUUCAUCCGUUACUGAAAUUAAAACAGGGCUGACAAUAUAUAAAUAUAUCUUUUGCAUAUAAUUUUUUGUAAAUUGAGAAGGUAUUGUCAUGUUCUCCAGACAGAAUGUGGGUCAUUCUGGAUUUCCUAACUGCAGGGCUUCCUGAAAUUCUGAUCUUCCUGGACAUUACUCUUAACUUGGAAGGCUGGCACAUGCUUUAGACUGUUUUUGUUGCACUUUGUGUAGCUGCUUUUCAGCCCUAUUAAGGACUUCGUAUUUAAAGUAUGUUUGUAUGUAAGGCCUUUUUUAAAAUUAGAAUGAACCAUAACUGCUAUACAUCUUGCACCAAGAAAGUAUUAAAUCAGAGGAUAUAUUACAGUAAUGCAUUGUUUUCUACGAGAUGUAAUGAAAUCAUCAGUUAGCUAUGCUUUUUCUUUUUUACAACUUAAAUGUAUAAUAUAUUUGCUGUUUGAGAAAUUAUCAUCAUCAUUGAAAAUGUGUCUACUUUUGCACACAACUAUUGUCUAUUAUAAUUUUCACUCCAAAAAGUAUGUAUUGUAAAGUUUAAUAAUAAAACGU